AUGUCUGAUGCAGACGAUUUUUUGUCUGAAGAAAGCUACGAGUUUGAGUUUGAGGAUGAGGAUGAUGACGUUAUACAGAAUGAAGCCCCAGAUCAGGAUUCAGUGGAGAACAAAUACUACUAUGCCAAGUCAUUGAAGGAAGACUCAUUGGAUGCUGCCAGUGAGCAGAUGAGAGCAUUGAUUGGUUCAGCUGACGCCAAUGAGGACGUUGAGUGGACUUUUAAAGCACAUAAGCAAUUGGCAAAGAUGGCGUACCACCAGGGCCGUUUGGAGGAAGUGCUAGACCAUAUUGGAAGCUUGAUCCGUCUUCUACCUAAGCUCAAUGGCAACUAUGCCGAGGAUUCGAUCUCCAAGUUGCUCCAUAGAUACUCGGCAUGCAACGACCAGCAGUUUGUGCUUCGAAUGUAUGACGUGAUUGUGUCUCACUUGCAAGAUUCCAUGGCUCUGGGUGUCUCUGGACAGAGACUCUGGAUCAGGAUCAACAUGAACAGAUUAAGAAACUUCUUGGAUAACGGACCUCUUGAUGAAUGCUCGCUGCUAAUAGCUGCUAUCAAUUCGAAACUAGAGUCGGUUUCUGAGCUGACGCAGAAUUCAUAUUUACUCGAUAUCGUCGCUGCCGAGAUAGAGUACACAUUCAAGACGGAUAUGAAUCUACUGCGUUUGAGCCAUUUGCAUAGAAAAGCAUCCAAGGUGUCUUCGGCCAUCACUCAUCCACGUGUAAUGGGUGUGAUCAGAGAAUGCAGCGCUACCAUUCAUUUUUAUAGAAAGAACUUCGAAACAGCCCGAGUGGAGUUCUACGAGUGCUUCAAGAACUAUGACGAGGCAGGCUCAGAUUCAAAGAAGAAGAUCUUGAAGUACCUCAGCUUGUGUCUGCUUCUAACAGAAAACGAGGUCAAUCCAUUUGAGUCUCAAGAAACGCAAUCUUAUGCUUCGCUUCCCGAGUACAGAAACUUGAUCCAGCUUGUCAACUGCUGUGAAAGUCUUGACCUCAAAGGGUACCUUGAUGUUUUGCAAAAAAUGAAAACAGAAAACGACGGGCUCAUUCACGACAGCAUUUUCAACAACGCCUCCAGCCAUAUUUUGCAUAACCUUAAGGUGAGACUUUUACUCAACCUUCUUAAAGCAUACCGCACGAUACGUUUUGAUUCAGUGAUCAGAAAGCUUCAGCUAGAAAGUGAAGCCCAUCUAGAAGAUUUACUUAUCAAAAUGGCAAAUUCUGGAAACUGUCACAGCAUAAAAGUGGAUUUCACCAAUAAAUUCAUCGAGACGGAACCCAACAAAGAUAGUUUCUUCCCAAGCACGCUUGACGCUUCAGACGUGGAAAACAAUUUGCACGUGUUGUCGGCUAUCGGGUUCAACGGUCUCUGGACAAGCGACAAUGCAGAUCCAGCCAAUGCUAUGGACGUUGAUUUUUCCCCACAUAAUGAAGGGUUAGGAGUUGCUGAGACGAAGAGUGCCGAACUCUCCGUAAUUAAUUCUGUCAUUUUUCCGACGAAGCUCAAUGUUCGUGCUUUGGGCUGGACGCUGGUGCCCGGACUUGUGGAAGAGUGGUUCGGAUACAUGAAGAACACCUUCCCAGAGUUGGUGCAUACCACGAUUACACACAAGGAAAGAGUUUACUCAGAACAGCAAGAAGACGCCGCGUCACAGGCCAAAGAAGCGUUUGCUGUUCCAGACAAUGAAACUAGUGCUGGGAAUGGAAAUGACGAAGAGGAGCAUAUCGACAAAGUGGAGUGGCUUCAGCGUUGGGCCAAGAAGAUCGAGCGUGGCUUGAAGCAAGAUAAGCGGGUGUAG